GGAAAACCGGGCAUAAAAUGGCAACUGCUCUUUUAGCUUCUCUGUUUUUGGAUAAGGCCACAAGUACUUUCAUUUUUCAAUUUACCCCUUCAUCCCCAUUCUGCUUGUCCUCUGGUUCUAACUCCCUUGUACCUGAUCAAUCUGCUGCUGGCCAGAGAGAGAUGGGUGACACUGCUGUUGAUAUUUUCCUGGAGACCUUGAAGAAUCUUAUAACGUGCUCCAAUAUGGAUUUUAUCAUAGACGAGAAACAUCAACAUCAACUUCAAUCUCUUGCCGAGGAGAUCAAGUACCUGAGAGGGUUCCUCAAUAUUACGGAGAAGAAAUGCAAUGAACAUUCAAAAGUGAUGAAUUUGGUGAUGCGGAUCAGAGAAGUAGUAUCCGAGGCAGAAAACAUUGUAGAACUAUUUGUAGUUCUUGUUUUCAAGGCUAAUCACGCAUCUGAUUCUCUUCGUGAACAUCAGGAUCAUUUUUCCCUUGACCUUGAAAGUGUCGAAAAGAAGAUCAAGAAUCUUAGGGCUGAGGUGAAGCAGAUUCUCGACGAGAAUAUGCAUGACAUCAAUGGACUAGCAGGCAAAAAACUCAAGCACUCUUCUACCGGAAGCGGAGGUAUUGGUUCAGGUCCAUCAGGAGGGAGCAACACAUCCAUAGUAGUAGAAAAGAAGGUGGUGGUCGGUUUCAAGGAGGAGGUAGAGACAUUAAUGGGAAAGCUUCAUGACAUUGGAGAAGGUGGACAACUGGAGAUUAUAUCAAUCAUUGGUGCUGGUGGAGGCGGCAAAACCACCUUGGCCAGAGAAGUGUAUGAUCAUCCUUUGACGUCACAGAAGUUUGAAAUUCGUGCAUGGGUCAAUGUUUCUCAAGAUUAUGAUAAGACUAUGAAGAGGCAUUUGUUGAUUCGUAUUCUGGAAUCAACUUUCCCAGAAAAACAUGAAGAUUACGAAGCGAUCAGUGCCGAUAAGUUGGGAGAAAGGGUACACAAAUGCUUGCAUAAUAGAAAAUAUGUCAUUGUCAUGGAUGACAUAUGGGGCCUUGAAGCCUGGAAUGAUAUCCAAAGAUCAUUCCCUAAGGGAUGCAAGGGGAGUAAAGUGUUGUUCACUAGUCGACAACUCGUACAUCUUGAUAGCAUCCGCAGCAUCCACCAUUAUUUGGCUCCCUUACCAAAAAGUUGCAGUUGGGAGUUGCUAGAAAAGAAGGUAUUUGGGAUGAAACGCUGCGCACCAGAGUUGGUGGACAUCGGUAUGCGAAUAGCAGAGAAAUGUGAAGGAUUACCACUAGCGAUUGUCGCAACAGCUGGCAUUCUAUCAACUGAAGACAAGACACUCGACGUGUGGGAGGAAGUUGUCAAACAUUUAAGUUCGACCAUUGCCAAAAACCAAGACGGUUGCAUGGAGAUACUAGAACUUAGUUACAAUCACCUGCCCCUUCAUUUAAAAGCAUGUUUUCUUUAUAUUGGAGCACACCCUAAAGAUUAUGAAAUCCCCCUACGCGAGCUGAUAUGGUUAUGGAUUGCGGAGGGAUUUAUUCAACAAAGUGAUGGGGGGAAAAGCUUGGAGGCCAUAGCAGAAGAUUACUUAAUUGAUCUUAUCGAUAGAAGUCUCGUAAUGGUAGCUAGGAAAAGUGAAUCCCACGGAGGAAUUAAAGCAUGUCAUAUCCACGAUCUUCUACGUGAAUUAUGCUUGAAAAAAGCAGAGGAAGAUAAUUUCUUUGUGAAAAUUUACGAGGGAGAUUCUUUUUCACCUCCUACUACAAAUAAGCAUGGUCGCCUCUUCAUUGGCCAUCAAUUCUUUUCUAAGUUUCCCCCAAGGCCUUGUGCUCGAAACCUUAGAUCUUUUUUGUACCUCUCCUUGCCAAACAUCUCACAUUCAUCGCUUGGACAAAAUCUAUCAUUCUUUGUUGAAAACUUCAAACUUCUCAGGGUGUUGCAUUUAAUCUCCACUACAAUGUUUGAUGGAAAAAGAAAACUAGGAUAUCUAGUUCAUUUGAGAUACUUUGCAAAUACGUUAGCAGGAAAAACUUUCGACAUACCGUAUUCUUUUCACUACCUCUCGAACCUAGAAACCCUUAACCUCCAAGCUCCAUACGGGAUGUGGCUUUCAUUGCCUCCCAAUAUAGUCAAGAUGGCUAAGUUGAGGCAUCUAUAUUCUAAAAAGGGAAUAUUCAACUAUCAUCAUGAUGAAGAAGAGGGGAAUAUGUUGGAUAGCUUACAGACCUUGCACAAAAUGUGCAUGUGUGGGUGUUGCUUACGUUUCCUGGAAAGGACUCCCAAUCUUAGGAAGCUAGGACUUAGAGGAUGUCUGGAGGAUUUGCUGUUACCCAACCUAGAGUUCUUAAAAUGCCUUGAGAUACUCAAUGUCGAUCCAUGGUUCGAUAAAAAGCAUGUGACAUGCACUGGGCUGAAGCUUCCUCCAACUCUUACACGGCUAACUUUGAGAUUUACGCACUUGGAGUGGGAGGAGCUGUCAAUAAUCCUCCAAACCCUACCGAGCCUUAAGGUUCUGAAAUUACUCAUAAGCGCCUGUAGUGGACCAGUUUGGAACACAAGUGAACUUGAGGAGGGGUUCUCUCAACUCAAGUACUUAAGGCUUGAAGAUCUGGAUAUCGAGGAGUGGAGUGCUUCCGCUGAACAAUUUCCGGCACUUGAGGUCUUAGCGAUUCAACUUUGCAAAAAACUGAAGGGGAUCCCGAUUGAUUUUGCUUAUCUAAACGAACUUUGCAAAAUUGAGGUAGAGGGGUCCAGUCUCUCUGCAGAGGAAUCGGCCAAGGAGAUUCAGGAAGAGCAAAUAAAUACAAAAGGAGAUGAUGAUUGCGUAAAUCUCGUUCUCAGAUAUAAUCAGCCAAAUCGGGGGUGAUCAAGAGCAGUGGGUGUGAUUGAGUGUAUGAUGAUCCCUCAAAUGGACUCAAUUCUUUUCCAAGCCAGUUGGGUUACGCUUCUCAACAACAUGAAACCAACCUUUAUAAGUCCAACGGGAAGAGAAAAGGCAGUUGUUGUUGCAUGCUUUCUGCAAUAAACGUUAGUAACUUACCAAUUUGUGUUUUAUUUGUAUGUUGUUUUGUCUAUACUUUAGAAUGGCGUUUUUCAUACUAUAUACUGUGUGUUUGGUUGAAGCUUUGAAUAUUGAGCCAGUCCAGUUUGCAGUUGACAAGAUUGUUGGAGUAGGGUUAUUUCAAAUAAUUGGUGAUGAUUUUUUUGGUGGCUUUAUCUUCAUUCUCGAGACUUUUUCGAU